GUGAGUUUUUUUUUGCUCGUGCUGGAGAAAUUUACAAUUGCAAACAAUUUACGAGGUGUCGUGGGGUUUCGCCUGAUUUCCUGCGUGACAGCCAGUCGAAGUGGGACGCGCGUGAGUGACGCGUGAGUGCACGAGAGCGUUUUCACACUCAACGCCAGUCUCGUGGGAAAGGCGAGAGAGCAUCACGCGAGCGGCGCAGCAUGUAAAAUGGUUGGGAUGUCCAAGUGAAGUGGCCGGAAAUGGCGUCCAGUGGCGGCAAGAGCAAUACUGAUGAGGAGGCGCUCGUGGCGCGAGCCAAUGAGGAGCGCGAGAAGCUCUUCCAGCGCUACGAGCGCGGUCGAGAGCCCGGAGCUGAGAUUGAUCCGUGGGAGGAUCCGGGAUUCGAGGUUUACCACCAGACAGAUCGCUAUGGAUUCAUUCACGAUCGCCGUCUGCCGCAGAAGGUGAAUCCCAAUGAGGCAAAGGCGCGCGCCAUUGAGCUGGAGCGCGUGAAGAAGUGGCUGAAGAUGCUGAACAAGUGGAAUAGCCGUGAGACGGGCGAGAAGCUGCACAGUCGCGUGUACAAGGGCAUUCCGGACAAGCUGCGGUCGCGUGUGUGGGUGAAGCUGCUGAAUUUGGAGCAGGUGAUGGCGGAGCAGAAGGAUGUGUACAAGAAUAUGCUGCGCCUGGCGAGGCAGUGCUCAACGGAGGCGCGUCAGAUUGAUUCGGACGUGAACAGGCAGUUCAGGGAGCAUCUCUUCUACCGCGAGCGGUACAGCAUAAAGCAGCAGAGCCUGUUCAACGUCCUCACGGCGUACAGCAUGUACAACAUGGAGGUGGGCUACUGUCAGGGCAUGUCGGGUCUGGCGGGUGUGCUGCUCAUGUACAUGGACGAGGAGGAGGCGUUCUGGGCGCUGAGUGUGCUGCUGGCGGACAAGAAGUACGCCAUGCACGGUCUGUACAUUGAAGGAUUCCCAAAGUUGACACGCUUCCUGGCGCAUCAUGACAAGAUCAUCGCGAAGUUUCUUCCAAAGGUCAAGAAGCACUUUGAUCAGUUCAACCUUGACUCCAUUCUUUACUCUCUCAAGUGGUUCUUUGUCAUCUUCGUCGAGCGAAUUCCCUUCAGUCUCUGCUUGCGCGUGUGGGACAUCUAUCUGCUGGAUGGUGAGAAGGUGGUGACGGGAAUGGCGUACACAAUUCUGCGACUGCACAAGAGCAAGAUCCUGAAGCUGAAGGACAUGGACUUGAUUGUGCAGUACUUGCAGGUGCAGCUGCACACGGACUUUGGCUAUGACGAUGACAAUGCCAUCAAGACGCUGGAGCACUGCAUGGAGGAGCUGAAGAAGAGCAAGAUGGAGCUUCCGCCACCGCCGGGACCCAAUGAAUUGCCAAAGCGUCCAUUCGGCGAAUUCCGCGAGCCGAGCAUCGAGUCAAAGAUUGGCAGACGGAAGUCAAUCUUCUCAGACACUGAGCGGGAAGUGACGGACAAUGUGAUUUUGCGGCGUGAGUUGACACAGCAGGAAAUUGCGGAAUCGCGCCUGUCUGAGGGUGCGAUUGGUGGAUCAAAUAGUCAAUUAAAUACCGUUCACGUGGCUGAAUCGGAGGAUGGCGGAUCACUGGGUUUGGGCAGCUCGAGGAAAUCCCUGGCAGACACUUCAGUGACUUCCACAGCGGAUUUGAGCAUCUUCUCGGGUGGUCAGAGAUCUCAUCAGGCAUUCGACAUUUACCACCAUCAGGACGACACACAAAGUCUACACACCGAAGGCGGUGGCAUCGUUGAGGAUGAGGACGAAAGCAGUCCUGGGUCUGGCUUCUGCUCGCUCAGCAUCGUGGGACGCACGCCCUCGUCCAUGAUGAUCACGCCGACGCCACGCGCCAUCUCGCCGCAGGACAUUGUGCGGAUCUACGUGCCGCCGCCGCCGCCGGAGGAGGUGAACGGCGGCGGCGUGCAGCUGCCGGGCACGGUGGCGGAGGUGCACAGGAAGAGGGACUCAGUGGUGUCCGGCGAAGUGACGCCGAUCAGGAACUCAGCGCUGUACAGGUCGGAGGAGGAGUUGGCGCAGACGCUGCGCGAGAUCGAGAACGGGCGCCACUCGUCGUCGUCGUCGCGGCGGGGCAGCAUGAGCCGGAAGUCGCCGUCGUCGGCGCUGGAGUCAGAGUUUGUGAUUGAGUGCAGCCACAUGAAGGCGAAGGAGAGGGGCGCGGUGGUGGCCAAUGGGCAGCGCGCCAUGACGUCGUUCGAGGAGUUGGCCAGGAAGGAGCAGGAGCGACAGCGGGUGAUCGUGGGCAUUGACAAUCGCAUGUCGCGCAGUGAGAACAGCCACGUGCGACCGGCGUCGGAUGAGGAGGAGUUCAGCUACAGCUACUUCUCGUCGCGCCCCAAGGAUGACAGAUUCGCGAGUGACUGCAAUAUUCAGUACAGAGCGCUGCCGUCGUCGUCCAGCAUCGAGUACAAGUCCCUGCAUCAGCGCCUGCAGCCGCUGGGCGCCGAUGAUGACGAGGAGGAGGACGACGACAGGCAGAAAAAGUCAUCGGAUGACAGCUCUUCUAGUCCCAAGUCGCUGCUCGCGACGCCAGUCAAUGAGAUGGUGCCUCUGCUGAUGGCCGGAUCGCCGCCGAACGACCAGAGGAACGCGUACGAGUAUCCGCUGAAGCACAGAAGCCACCAUGGCGCCCCGGAGGCCAACAAGAUCCGCAUCACGAUCCAGCAGAAGCAGAAUUGAGGCCGGCCGAGUGACCAGGUGAGCAGCUCUCCUUGUGGCGUGUUUCGCGCACUCUUAGCUCUCGGCAUUCAUUGAACCGUCGAGCGAGAAUGGGGCUCAAAGUCACGCCUCCGUGACAUGAUGUUGUUGAGAAUUUCGUAUUGCACAAUUUAACGAGAGGAGAAAGAGAGGAUUUUUGAUUUUGGAUUCUAAAUUCAUAGAAUUAAUAUAUUGAGAAGUCAAAGGAAAACACAAACUGUGGUCAUUAAUAAUAAUGCUGUGCUGAUAUUGAAAUUGAAUUCAAUAGGAGAGAAUCUCAAUCCAACUUAAAGAUCAAGGAUUACUAAAUUGGUUUGUGUCUUGAAUAUCAAGAUUUCAAAAUAUCGCCAUUAAAUCGAAGUUGGCAUUAUUCAUGACAGAUGUUUUGACUUCAGAAUAUUGUUUUUCACUUUAAUUGUGCAAUUACUGUAUUUUUUUUUGGUAGGAAAGAAAGAAAGCAAUUUAUUUAUUUAUCCAAAGACGCGAGAAAACAAAAAAAAAGAAACAUUUCCAUCGACGUUCAAUGAAGAAUUCUUCUUGACAAGAGAGAGAAUCAGAAAUUCACGCAAGCGCGCGCAACACACACAAGAUGUGAAGAAGAACAUUCCAGAAGGUGUUUUUUGAGAAAUUCUCUUUGUAGUGUGUAAUUAACAAUUUUAGAUACUCCAAAGCAAUUAGAAUUGGUCCAAUUUUUGUAUUUUAUGUGUUCAAAGAGCAGAAUUUAGGCGCAAGCGCGGAAGAAGAUUGGAAUUUGUGCAGAGAAGAAUAAGAAGAAUCUUGUUUGAAAUAUUUUUACCUCAAGUGAAAAUGGACAAUUUGUUUAAUUGAUAAGCGAUAUGAAAAUAAAAUGGAAUCUCACACAUGUUUUUUUUUUGAACUUUGUAUUAAUGUCGCAACCAAAAUGAGUAUUUGUCUUUAUAUUUUUUAACUAUUAAGAAUUCACCAAAUGAAAAACACUGAAGAUGAAAUAACGUUGGAACAUUGAAGAUAAUCUUGUAAGAAAAAUAAGUGAAACAUAAUAGCAAAAUGGGUAGAAAAUCACAUGAUUAUAUCAAAGUUUAGUGUUAGGGAAAAAAAAUGUAAAGAUAUUAAGUCUCCUCUUAGAAGUAGAAAGCAUCUCUGUAGUUCUUUUAUUUUCUUUCUAAUUUUCAUCCCUUUUUUCUGUGAAAAAAAAUAAAGCAACAAGAAGAUACUUUUUCACAUGCGCCACUAUUUUUCUUUUCUUUUGUCUUGUAUAAAAAGAAAGGACACUUUUCUUGUAAAAUGUAAAUAAAUUGUGUGGAAGACUUUCAAGUCACACUUCGAUGGUGUUAAUUCACCCAAAAUCCAUCCAUUGAAGCACUCUCUCUCUGAACAUAAGUUUUCUCUCUAAAUGCAUAGAAAAAGAAGAAAAAAAAAACUACGAGAUAAAGAGU